AUGGCAGAUUUUGAAACCCCAGAACUUACCACGCUCCGCGUCUUGGUAUCUCUUAAGGAGGCUGCACGCGUCAUUGGCUCCCAAGGAGUCAGCAUUCAAAAAAUUAGAGAGUCUAACAACGUCAAAAUUGGGAUAUCUCCGCACGAAAGAGGAUGCUCAGACAGAAUUCUAAGCUGUACCGGUUCCGCACAAGCUGCUUCCAGUGCUGUCAGCGACGUAGUGGAGAUCCUCAACGAAGAAGACGGGCUGCCCGAGGAACACUCCUACAAGCCCCUAAACUUCAUUUUACCCGUUCCAACUGCAACGGAGAUCCAGGAUCCGGAGUCUUCAAAAAGAAUUGGGAAUUUAAGACUGAUCGUGUCGAACUCGCAGGUCUCGUCGAUUAUCGGAGCACAAGGGUCGCGUAUAAAAUCGCUGAUCGAAAAACACGGCGUUAAGGUCGUGGCAUCGAAAAAUUUCCUUCCCGAUUCACAAGACCGGAUAGUCGAAAUUCAAGGCUUCCCAGGAUCCAUUGCGGCGUGUCUGCUCGACAUAAGCGAUAUCUUGGCUCGCGAAACGAAGCCUACAAAUGAAAAACAGUAUUAUCCACAUACCAAGAGCCAAGAAGAGGGCUCUGUCACCAAAGACGUGGCUAUACCUGUCGAGUUUGUCGGUGCACUACUGGGACGCGGCGGAAACCGUGUUUCCAGUCUGCGCAAAUAUACCAAGACCAAGGUCAUAGUGAGCGACGAGCCCAACGAGGACAACAGCCGUAUUUUUACGAUCACCGGCAAUAAUCAAAACAGCGUUAAAUUGGCAGAAACCAUGCUACUCAAGAAUCUCGAGACUGAGAAGCAGAGGCGUGAGGAGAAAGAAUGA